AUGUCCAAGAGAAACAGCCUUAUAAUAUUAUGCUCUGGACAUGGAGGCUUCAGGACUGUGAUCGGGGAUGUGGCUGGUAAGGUGUGGGAGUAUAAUAGGGAUGUGGAGAUAGGUAAUAAUGAUAUCAAGAAGCCUAUUGAAACGUUGUUAGGGCAGAUUAAUGAAGAUACUAAGUGGUAUAAAGACCUUGGUAAAAUACAGUUUAUGAAGCUCGCUGUACAAAAGGAAUCUGACGAAGCUGUGAUUGAAGUUGCUAGGUUGUUGAAGGAGUGUCUUGCUUCAGCGGAGGCGUUUAAUGACACUUUACAUAUGGAUAAACAUAGAGAUAUUAAAAACGCAAUUGAAGAUCUCAACUCUGAAUUAAGCGUUAAGGUUAAAAGUGCAAUAAGCUCUGUGAAGCAUGAGACGAAGAGGCUGAAGACGUUGUCGGAGAAGGGAAAACAAGACUUGGCUAUUACAACCAAACUAAUCAAAACGGCACUCGAGGAGGUUGGAAAGGACGUGAAUCAUGAGAUUGAAUUGAAAGUAAAAAGGCUUGUAGAGAGGGUAAUAGGAGUAGUAAACCAUAUUAAAGAAAGGCUUGACGGCCUUAAUGAUAACCUCAAGGACUACGUUACCAAGUUGUCGGAUUGGAUUAAGGCGGCUGAAAAGGUGAGGCGUCAGGCGGAUUUGAAGGUGGCGGAGAUUGUUGGGAAGUUGAAUGGUGUUGGAGACCAAGAAAGAGAGGGUGACAAAAAUGCAAUUACCAAGGCGGCAGGGGAAUUGCAAAAGAGGGCUGAGAGUCUGCGGGAGAAAGCGUUCAAGGCUAAGACGCAGGUGAAAACGUUGGUCAGUCAGGCACUAAAGGAGGUUGCAGCGUUUGACAGGGCGGUUAGGACGGUGUUGAAGGAUACGAGGGAUAAGAUUCAGGGGGCGAUGCAGACGUAUGUUAAGACGCAGUUGCUGGGGGAUAUUACAAAAAGGGUGAAUGAGAUUAUUAAGGGUCCCGGAGGAAGUGAUGGUCUAGAACAGACUGUAAAAGUUUUCAAGGCGUAUGCUCAGCAGUUCGGUGAGGAUGGGGAACACGGGUUUGAAAGUGUAGUAGAGGAGUGGAUAAAAGGAAUUUUGGAUGAGGAACCAGUAAAGGGGUGGCUUAAAAAGUAUGCUGAAGAACCGAGUAAUCUGACCAAGCUGGGUGAAAGAUGGGAUGCAGAAAAAAGUGUGUUUAAGGAACCGACUAUACGGGGCAUAGCUAUCACAAUUAGGGAUGAGAUUAAAAAACAUUUCAGCCCAUCGUUCAGAACAAUCGAAAUUAGUGACAAAAAUAGCAUUGAUGAUUAUAUGAACGCUGUCCAGAUUGCUUGUGGUGUAUUCGCCAAUACGUUAGGCGAGAAAUUGAAGGAAGGAGCGGGAAGCAUUAGUUCCUCUGACAUGGCGAAAGCGAUCAAUAAGCAUUUGGCGGCCCAAGACACACACAGUCACAAUCUCAGUAAGGCCGUGUAUUCUACGCUACACCAGCUUGUUAGUAUUGCGAAUAAAACUAGUGAGGCAGCGGGUUCGUUCACUGGUGAAAACGAUGGAACCGAAAGCGACGUCAAGAUAGUGGACACUUCACUUGGCGUGGCUAAGCAGCUAGGCCUUGAUCUUGGAACGGCGACUACACCCGGCAAACCCGUAACAGCCAUAAAACCCGAAGACACGGCCCACCCGUUCAAACUUUCCGACAGUGUCGACGCCAGGAUCCUCGGCAUACUUGAAGCGGAGGUCGGGGAGGAUGAUAGCGGUAGCGGAGGUAAAGGUGCCAUGGUAAAAAAGGUUAAGGAUACAAACAUGGGACAUUACGGUACUUACAUUAAACAAGAGGAAGAUGCUCUUAGGGCCCUUGCGUCCGGUGAAGUAAAUAUCCAACCAGGCGGUCCGGAGCAAAACAAACUCCCCAACGCCGUCAAGAGAAUUGAGGCUGAGGUGCUACAGGAGGGGACGUUGAAAAAUGUCGAGGACAAUGGAGAUGGUAAUGACACGUUUCACAAAAAUACGUUCGCCAAUAUGCUUGAAUCCGUCAAAACCAGUCUCAAUAAAUUUACCGACAAAGUAAGAGACCUGGUUAACGAUUCCGCCAAGAGCAGCGUCCACGCCUACCUGAGCGAGCUUGAUAACAUGCUUCAGGGCACUGAAAAUGUCGUGUUCUCCACCGAAGGACUGCAUGAUCACAGUCCUGUAAGAGGCCUUCAGAAAAUCAAAGAUGAUCUUUCCACCCUGCAAAACGACCUGGAAACAGGUCCCAUUGCCUGGGCCAAAACCUUCAUUGAUAGUGACGCUGAAAACCUACGAACAGAAACGGUCGAAACCCUUGAAGACAUCGUCAAUAAACGAGUCAAAUCCGCCAUCUCCGACAUCACCCACCAGACUAACAAAAACUAUGUAACCUCAAUAGAAGAUUUCUUGUGGACAUUUGUCAUGAAGACUACAGAGGUGCUACAACCCUUGCCGAAUAUGAUUAAAUACGAUUUGGAAAAGGGGGUUAAAGGGUUUAUGAAGAAAUUCCAUAAUAAGUUCAUUGAAAAAAUAACAGCUAUUCGAACAUAUAAGUUUACCAUAGAUGCUCCACAGAUGCCUCUGAUACCGGCGGCUUUAUCUGUCAAGUUAGGUCUCGUUGAUUUCUUCGAUCAUUUGAAAACCCAGAAGGGUUUUGAGUCUGACUUUCGCAAGGUUGCGCCGUGCAAGAAUGCACUGGCCAAAAUGCUUGGCGACCUCGCCUCGUCAAAGCACUUUGACCAUGAGUUUAGUAAGAAUUUAAAUGAUCUCGAUAAAACGGUUAGUGUAUUAAACCUGACGAAAUUUGGCGAUGGCGACAGUCCUUUGCUGCUCAAUGCUCUGAGCAAGGGGUUUCCGCCACUGGUCGAAGAAUUCAAAAAACCCUACGUCUCCACCUACUCGCAGCAGAAGUUUACCGGUGCAUUGCUACAAAAAAAGACAGCUCCCACUCCAAAGCCUGCCGCCACUCAGCUAAAUCCCGGUAUCGACCAAACAUUACAUGCCUCAGCGGAUGCUCCUACCAAGGCACUCGCGUCCUCACCCUCCCCUCAAAAUUCUAUUCACCCCACCACCUCCCAAGAAUCUCAGUCUCCUACGAAACCUGAGACGGAGUUAACCCCCGAGGGCCGCAACUGCGCCAAGGUCUGCCUGACCAUACUGGAGAUGAUGCGUUAUGAUUUCAAUGAUUUACUCAGUGGAUGUUCCGAGAGUGCUAGUAUACAAAUUAACUUAUACAAUAACCAGAAAUUAGGCCGCUGGUUCAGGAAGCGCGGUUUCAAGGUGAAUUCCGAUUCAGGAAAACAGCACGGUGAAUUGCAAGAUAAACAGAGUAUGAGGGGGACGGAAAUAAAAACAUUGCUCAACAAGAAUAUUGUUGGCGCUUCCGGCAUUGAGGUCCUCAAAAUGUGGAAGCAAGAGUGGAUGAAAGAACAGGAUGAGAAAAAGUCUUAUAGCAAGCAGCAAGGCGGCACUCUCAUUACACAUAAAACAGUAUAUAACACAGAACAUAUUAACCUUCUCGACAUUAUUCGUUUCCUGAAGGUACCACUUGGAGCAUAUUACCGUUCCUCUCACCACUUCCUCCCUCCAAAGCCCCGAUCCCCGUCCAAUGUAUAUCAGAUGCUCCAAUGGCUUCUCGGAUUGUAUUUCAAUCCGAUGUAUCAGAAGCUGGAAGCGCACAUUGCCCAAUUGUUUGCUGGUCUAAAGGCGCAGUAUAAGUUAGAACAUCCACACUUAGAUGUCACCGUACCGGACGAUUUAAAAAAGUAUAUUCAUUCACCUCUCAGCUCUGAGCAAUUGACCACUGUACUUCGCAACGUGUGUCUGUAUUCCGAAGACACGCUGACUGCCUUCCUCGGGCGUGGCCACGCAGACGGCCGGUACGCCGUUGAGUUUUACACAAACUCAGAUCAAUUAUUGUAUCCUACUAGCGUCGGUACAUGUUUUGACAUGUUGGUAGAUACAUCAUUUAGAGUCUAUAAUCAACUCCGUUUUGUAUAUAAACAGUGUAACAACGGGACUAAGAGCGGUGGUUGGAAUGACUGCUGGUAUGGUCAACAUGUCGGCGGUUCCUCAUGGAACUGCAACACAAAGCAAUGUGCCAACCAAAACUGUCCCCAAAUAGCUAACCAAAAGACCAACCAAAGCGCUGACCAACGCUGCGAUCAACACCCUAUCUGCGGUGUGAAAUCUCCACUCCAAUCGUUCCUUGAAGAUGGGUUACCAGGCUUUCUACCUCAUUCAUUUAAAACACCUGGUUGUAAGCUUACGUGUACAGUGUCCAACCACUUUGGAAAGCCGUGUCUCACUCCCAUGGGCUUUGCCGAUAUUAGCAAUGUAGCUUCACGCACCCAGAAAGGUGAAGAUCUGAAGAAACUUAUUGAACAAUUCUGUGGUCCACAUUCUUACCUUCGUCGGCUAUGUAUUAUCUUCAACUGCUUGCUUCGCCGAGCUCCGCAAACACUAGGUGAUAUGUUUGCAUUCUACUACCAUUUACUUAAUAAUUGGAACAAUAGUGGCGAGCACAGAAAGACAGCAUUUGACAAGGCAGUCAACGACGCCAACUUCGGUGAGGUCUAUACAGAUCUCAUGAUCGCAUCCAUUGAAAACAGCCGAACGCACGAUCAUAGAGAAAAAUACCAUGACAAAGGAGACCUCUUCAGUCUUACAGAUUGUGUUCCUAAGUCGACGUUCGGCCUACCGUGUGGUCCAUACUUGCAAGCCCUCAGUCUUGACAUUCAGAACAUGUACUCUAAACAUAAUGCCAGCCAAUACCUUUCGUGGAUCGUUUACCUCACGGAAACAUUUUAUGAUCUGUUGAAAAAAUUGUAUGACGACUGCUGUGCUAAAUGCGACAAGAAAGGCGCUCGGUGCUAUGAUAAAUGCUGUGAUGAGACGUGUGGAGUAAAUGCCGCCUACACAGCUGAGGAACCGUCCAAAAAACUCUCGACCUCAAAACAUACAUCGGAAUGUCACUCCAUUGUCGCCUGUCAAAAUAUGCAUCCCACGUUGUACAAAUAUGGGUUUACCUUCGGGAGUCCAUUUGAUCUUAGCGGUAAAAGUGGAACAACUAAGCAACGUUCAUGCAGAGAUUUCUGUAGAGCGUUAGAGAAAGUGGUAAAAGACGGCAGCCUUCUAUAUAACUUAGUACAUAAGUAUAUUCCUGACUACAUAUUCGAAAUUCGUUCUAAAUUCAUCUGGACUCUGUUGUCCCUCUGGUCGCUGUCGCUCCUGUACCUGCUGCACAUCGCCGUCGUCCGCCUCGACGUCCUGAGGAUUCGCUCCCACCUGCGCUCACCCGCAAGCCACCGCAUCGCCGCACAGUCGCUGCUCGCCGCCGCACGCGUCAGGGCACUCGCCAACGUCAAGUACUUCUCACCAUAA